UUUUUACAAAAAAGCCUGCAUUCGUGAAUAAUUGUGAACGCGAUUCGCUUUGUGCUGUGAUUUAUUAGUUUUCCUUUGAUUCGCGAGACGCGCGUGUUUAUUCACCUGUUAAUUAUCCCAUGAUCAAUUUUUUGAAAUUAAUAACAGUACAGCUAUUGGUUUCCAGGCCACUUUUGUGAUAUGAGUUAAAUAUUGAUCAUCUAUUCAUUAAAAAGUACAAUAAUUAUGGUAAUUAUGGCGAUUAUGUCAGGAACGCAAACUGCUCUUGAUGCACAGAGGAAAUGCAAAUGAGUCAUUUUUCUUUUGAAAGGCAUGCCUCACAUGUUUGGCAAUUAGCAAGCUAUAAAUCUACAUCGUUUCUAUUCCCUGAACAGCAGAAGCACUCAGCUUGAUUGCUUUUGUGUCAGUUUAAUUUCAAAAGAAUAUUUACAACUCCCGAAUUUUAAUUUCUUCAUUUUGCUAAGCAAUAGUGUCUUCUACAGCUACAGUUUAAAAUGACUGUCACAUAUACUGGUGAAGUUGCUACCUGUAGAGGCUUGGGAUGUUUUUUGAAGUUACUGGGAAGGUGGAAAGGAAGCAUUUACAAACUAGUAUGGAUAGACCUUUUAGUAUUCUUAAGUCUAUAUUAUAGCCUAAAUUUUACAUAUAGAUACCUGUUGGAUAAGGCAGGAAAAAAGCUAUUCGAAACAAUAGUAAAAUACUGCUUUGACUAUGGCAGUUUAAUUCCAUUAUCAUUUGUGUUGGGUUUCUACGUAUCAGUUGUAAUGACUCGUUGGUGGAACCAGUAUACGGCCAUACCGUUUCCGGAUCCUUUGGCGGUGUUUGUAAGUGCUACAGUUCAUGGUCAGGAUGAGAGGGGUAGGGUGAUGCGUAGGACAAUUAUGCGUUACGUCUGUUUAUGCGUCACGAUGACCUUCACAAUGAUCUCGCCUAGGGUGAAAAAACGUUUUCCCACCCUCGACCAUUUUGUUGAUUCGGGGCUAUUGCAUUUAAGUGAGAAAGAAAUUAUGUUAGCAUUGAACAAGAAAUUCCCAAAGUAUUCCAAGCAUUGGUUGCCGAUAGUGUGGGCUUCGAGUAUAAUAACCAGAGCGAGAAAAGAGGGCAGAAUUCGAGACGAUUUUGCCGUAAAAACUUUAAUCGAUGAAUUGAACAAGUUCAGAGGCCAGUGCGGGUUGCUGCUAAGUUUUGACACUAUUAGUGUACCUCUAGUGUACACUCAGGUGGUUACUUUGGCGGUUUACAGUUAUUUCUUAACCACUUUAAUGGGGCACCAAUGGGUCGACAAUAGCAGCUACAAGUUCGACUUAUAUUUUCCGAUUUUCACCACACUUCAGUUUUUUUUUUACGUGGGAUGGUUGAAGGUGGCUGAGAGUUUAAUAAACCCGUUUGGUGAUGAUGACGACGACUUCGAGGUUAAUUGGAUGGUGGAUCGAAAUUUACAGGUAUCAUAUCUGAUAGUAGACGAAAUGCACCAUGAUCAUCCCGAACUAGUAAGAGAUCAGUAUUGGGAUGAAGUGUUCCCGCAGGAAUUGCCGUAUACAGCUGCGGCUGCUGCAGCUGAAUCUAUGAGGAAUACGCAUCCUCUGCCUUCUACUGCUAAUAUUGCUGUAAAGCCGGAAGAAGGAGGUUUUAAGAAUCCUGUCACAAUACUCGUACAGGAUCCAGAUUUAAACGUUUUGCCUUCAGAGUUUCUCGAACCAUCUUCUGUAAAAGUAGACCAAAUGACGAAUUCCUACGCAGACAACUUACAAAGUGGGCCGAUCACCUUCACCGCUCACAAGCAAAAUAGUUUUAAGAGUAGGAAAAACUCUUCGAAUAGUAUUAGUAUAGGCGCUUCUGUACCUGACUCGAUGCCAAGAGUUGGCUCCGUAACAAGCAUGUUAAAGAGGUUCUUUAGUAGAGACGAUAGCAAAAACGAUUCUAGAGGCGAAAAUUGUCUAGAAUCGAACGAAAUGAAUAAUUUAAUGUCUAACGAAGAUCUUUCUAGCAAAGAUAAAAAACUCGCAGCUAGCAUUAGAAGAAUCGCAGACGACGUUAUUGAAGAGGUCGAUGAACAGACGACGAUUACGUCGCAAAAAUCGCAAAAAGAACAUCGUCCAACUGUGAUGCAGGUUUUUGGGCCCCCGAAACCGUCCAAGCCUAUUGAUGUACCACAUUCCAGUAGUUAUGGCAACAGUUUUGAUCAUGAAACUGUAUAUGAGCCGUAUCCCCCAUUGUCUCAGUCAGCUCCGGGGCGCGAAGGGGGAGAUACCACCGAUAAAGUCAGCAUUGGGUCAGCAACUGACGAAGAGGAGGACGAAUUUGAAAAUCUAAAGAGGAAACGAGACGAAGAGAGACUUAGUCGACUGAAUUUUGUUUUGAGUCCGAUCGGGAAGGAUAGCGGAUAAUACACGAGCUUGAAUUAAAGAAAACUUAGCCCGCUCGAUAAGUAUCCAAAAAGUGGACGGCUCAGACGACACGGAAUGCUUGUUAAAGAGGAGAUCUUCGAACCUCUCAACUUCACCUCCAAAGUCACCUCUAACCCCAUUGUAACAAUAAUUUUAACUAAGCAAUUUUCUAGCUCAGAAUACUUUAUUUUUGUCACGCUAGGUUUUUAUUUUCGUACCAGUGCCUAAAAAAGUAUUAUAUUUGUGAUAAAUUAGCGACUUUAUGAUAUUAGUAAGCAAUUUUAUAAUAUAAGGAAAACUCACAUUAUUUAUUACCACUGCUAUAGAAUUAUAUUUUUCAAUAACUUUGUAAAAGUACGGGAAAUGCCUUUGUAAGAUCUGGAUAUUUUAUAACUUGUUUAUGGGUCAACCUCAUUUUUAGUUUAAGAUACGAAAUUAUUGACUUUUGUAAUAUUUUGUCUUGGUAAAGAAAUACCAAAAAAAUAUAAUAAAAUGUUUUGUUUGGCAAGGAAAAGU